GCUUUUCACUUCCGGUUCACAGACGGCGUCUUCACGACAAGGAAGUCGCUGAGUGAGGCCCCGCGAGCCGAAAUAUUAUGUCAGCAUUUUUUAUUUUAAAAGUUAAUUGUAAACAACUUAAAUCAAUUGAAAAUGGAGAGCAGUGAUACUGCUGGAUCCAACAUAGUCGCGAAAGCAUUCACAUUUGAAGGGAGAAAGGAUACGUGGCCAUCGCUGACUGUCAGCAUUCCUGAGGUCCUCGAGCCACAAUAUGGCAUGUAUGUUUGGCCCUGUGCAGUGGUCCUGGCUCAGUUUGUGUGGUCCCACGGGGACGAACUACCCCAGAAAACAGUACUAGAGUUAGGGGCUGGUGUAAGUUUACCAGGUGUGGUGGCCGCGAAGUGUGGGGCUCAGGUAAUCCUGUCCGACUGCGCAGAGCUCCCGCUGUGUCUGGAGAACUGCCGGCGAACCUGUUUAACGAACGACUUGGCAGCGGUGCGCGUGGUGGGUCUAACCUGGGGCGAGAUCUCCCCCGACCUCGUGCUCCUGCCUCCGGUAGACGUCAUCCUGGGGUCCGACGUUUUCUACGAGCCAGAGGAUUUCGAAAAUGUCCUUGUGACCAUCACCUUUCUCUUGAGGAAAAACCCAGAGGCCCAGUUCUGGACAACCUACCAGGAGAGAAGUGCCGACUGGUCUAUAGAAGCACUGCUGCACAAGUGGAAGCUUCAGUGUGUCAACAUUCCACUGGAGAGAUUCCAAGCCAAUCAGGCCCACCUGGCCGGCUCCACACUUCCUGGAAACCAUGCUGUGCAGAUGCUAAUUAUCACGUUGAAGGGACAGGUGCAGAAACCAAUAGCUGACGGAAUGAAAAAGAACCUUUGAAGUAUUUUAACUACCCCCACAUAAGCCAUGUUAUUCAUUGACCCUGGAGAUAACUUGUGUUCAGACAAAUGUGAAUAAAGUUCUGUAUCGUCUGUCACAAACCCUUAGUUCUCCCUUUAAAAGAGACCGAACCACAGAUGGUUAAGAGAAAACAUUUUAUUAGCAACCACAUCGGUCUACAUACAGGAUUUUAAACAGGAACGGGACAGGAAUGCAGAUGGGGAAAGACAAAUGCAAUGGAUCCGUUCGACCAAAAAAAAAAAAAAACCAUACCGAUCCGAAUAAUUGCAAACUAUAAAAAAAAAAAAAUGAUGAUAUGCAUCCUAAGAGGGUGAAUUUGUUGUUGCAGCCAUUUUUAAAGUUGACCGCAGCACAGCUCGGUUGUCUCUGGAACAUUCUGCUGCUUACUGGGGACUGCCAAUCAUUCAGCACUCCACCACUUUACACAGCUAACCAGCAAAACUCAACUGCUACACAACUGCGCCUAACGCACAAAAAAUACAAGAGGGUAGAUUAGAAUGACAAUAUGGAGAAAAUGGCAAAGAAUAACAAAUGUACAGAGCACAAGAUCACUGUAAAAUUGAUGCCAGAUUCUGUCAAGAUCUACGACGAAAAGAAAAAAAAAAGUAUAUAUAUAUUUUUUUUUUGAAUGGGAUGCUUGCCUUUGUAGGGGGAGCAGGUUUUAGACCAAACAUUUAAGAGUUCGGUCUUUGACCUGAUGAAACCACAAUAAGUUUUGAAAAGCUAGAACAGCUAUUGUUACAUGUGCUAGGCCUGGGUUUUAAAGACUGGGAGGAGAUAGAAGUAUGAGCCAGACAAACAAGCAACCACCCCAACAAAAUCACUUCAGAACCUCUUAAGAUUCCUUCUAAAGAAAAUUUUUUUUUUAAACUGCGGCAUAUUAGUAAAAGUCGAGCCUAUUUGGAGGAAAAUGAGAAAGCAGACACAGA